UUAAUAUUAAUUGAUUUGAUUAUUAUUAUUAUCAUCAUCAGUGAUUAAACAAGUUUAAAAUAUAUAAAAAGUAAUACCUUGAUUAAAAUGUUUUAAAAGAAAAAUAAUAUUGGAAAUUCAUAGAAUGAUAUUUAAAAUUAAUGUGAUAAUGAGUCUGAAGCUGAAAUUAUUGAAAUGAAACAUAGAUUAGAGGAAAGGGAAAAAAAUAAUGAACAUUUGUCUCAGUUUGAAAUCUACUUAAAAGAUAAAAUAGAUUCGCAAUUAGAUAAAUAGAAGAAGGCAAAUAAAUUCCUUGAUACAGACCCAGGAGAAAUAAAUAGAAGAAAGUUAGCUCUUAGUCAUAUUAUAGAUAGAAAUUAAGACAUAUAUGAAUAUGUUUAAAAAGAAAUAAACUUGUAAAAGGAAGGAGUUAAAUCACCUAAUAGUCUUUCAUAACAGUUUAAUAGUAUUUAUUAUGAUUCUAUCACUAAAAAGAAAGUAAAGAGAGCUACACAAGAAGACUUUUAUUCUUAGCAGAGGACUCGUCCAUCAACAUCACAUAAUAAAAUGUAUCCUGAAUAAGUUUUUGGAGAGAAUUUAACUAAAAAAGAAGAAAAGUAGCUUGAUUAAUAUAGAAAAUAGUUUAACAUGCAUCACUUUUAUAAGGAUUGGCUUGACGAAAAAAAGAUUAGACUAAAUUCUUAAAUAGAUGCAUAUGUAAACAGUAUCUCAAAACUAAAUGCAAUUGAAUAAUAAUAAGAGCACUUGAUAUAAAAAGAUAAAUUUUAUCUCUCUUCUGAUCAAAAAAGGCAUAUUUAAAGAAUAAUGAGUGCAAAUUAAUCUUCAAGAGAUAAAAGUCAUAUAAAUUAUAUCACUUUACAUUCUUAACCUGUAUCGAUUAAUUCAAAUUAGUUAUAAAGCCCUACACUUAUGCCAUAUAAGCAAUAUAGAAUGCAAUAAGUAGUCAAUAACAAAAAUAAUACUUAAUAAAAAAACUAAAGCAAUGUCAUUACUGUUACAAAAUAAAAUUAAAAAAUUGAUACACUUAAAACAAAUAAAAGUCGUCCAAAUACCUCUAACUAAAGCCCUAAAGCCUAAAAUUAAAAAUAAAUUUCAUUAAGUAGAUAAGGCUCACUUAAAAAAAGCAAAUCCCCUGAAAAGAAAAAUAUAACUAAUAUUUUUGAAUAAAAAAAUGAAGUUGCUCUAUUUAAUAACUUUGUUUAUUCCUCUCCUUUUCCUAAAUGGAUAGUAUAAAACAGAAAAUACGAAGAACUAAAAUAAUCAGAAUAAUAUGACAUGAAUAAAAAGAUUAUAUCAAUUUGUAAAAUGGAGACUUUUAAUAGAACAGCAUUCUAAAAACAUAUCGUCGCUUUAUUUUUAUAAAAAAUUUCUUUAUUUAAAAUGAUGCCUUUUCAUAUGCUUGAAGUCAUCGCAUAAAGGCUAACCUACCAAUUCGUGGAUUAAACUUAAUACAUUUGUAAAUAAGGCGAUAAAGGUGAUUGCAUGUAUAUCAUAUUUUAAGGACAAGUAGAAAUUAUUAUCAAUGGGUUCGUAAUUAAAAAAAUAUUUUCUGAUGGUGAAUUCGUUGGAAGAACAGCCCUUGAAACAGAUAAACCAAGAAAUGCAGACAUGAGGGCUAAGAAACCUUGUCAUCUUUUACUUUUGUCAAGAAUGGAUUAUCAGCAAUGUCUAAGUAGAGCUAUUGCUAGCGAAAAGGGAAACAUUUCGAAUUUUAUUUUAAAUCAUCCUUUCUUUAGGCACUUUAGAGCUGAUAAAGUAGAAAAACUUUGUGAUGAAAUCAAAGCACGUUUUCUUGCACCUAAAGAAUGUCUUUUUAAAGAAACAGACCCUAUUGAUAAUUUUUACAUUGUAAAGCAAGGAUUGCUAAUUAAAACUAUGUAGGUAGAGCUAGAAUAGUAGAAUAAAUGGCCCAAUAAAGAUGAAAAUGGAUAAGUUUAUUGGGAAAACUAUAUUUAAGGAAAAAAAGUUAUAUACACAAUUGAGUUUUCAGGAGGAGAUAUUGUAGGCUAUUACGAUAUGAUGGUCCCUAAUGAACAAGGUGUCAGAACAGAAACAAUAGAUUCAAUAUAAGAUACAUUUGUUUUAUAUAUUAAUAAAAAUAUAUUUAACUUGAUUUUUGAUGAAGACGAUAUGCUAAUAUUCAGAGAACAUCAUAGAAAAAAAUACCCAACUAACUAUGAAAGUUUAAAAUAAAAAAUAAAAGAUGAAGAAGGCUAAUACAAAGCUAAUAUUUAGGCAUUGGAAGAUGCUGUUAGGCUUAAGCUUUAGUCUUGCGAAUAAAUUGUUUUAGAAAAAAAUAAUGAUAAGAUUAACUAAUUUAUAAAGUAGCAGCGCCAAAAGAAGAAAGCAGAACUAAGAAAAAAAAUACCUUUUGAAUAUAAAUAACCAGUAAUAAGAAAACUAAAAAAUUAAAAUGAGUAACAAACAAAUCAAUGA